AUCAUUAAUUUCAUCUUUUUCCACACUCAACUAAAAAAACCUUUUCUCUGUAAAAAAAAAAAAAACACUCACAAAGUCCAAGAGAAAAGCUUUAUGUUAGAUCCGGUCCGCUGCUCUCUUUUUUCCGUUUUUACUUGCAUAACCCUUAGAUCACUUAUCUAUCUCUCUAGGGUUUUCACUUUUUAGAGUUGUCAAGCCUUUUUUCUUUAACUGCAAUGUAACAAGCUUUUCUUUUCUUAAAGGUACUUGAAAAAGGUGAAGAUUUUCUGUUCUUUUUUUCUGAGGGGUGGGGACUGGGGGCUUUUGUGUAGUUUAGACUUUAGAAUUUCUGGGUUUUCGAGUAGUUUGAUUGGAUGAGAGUGGAGGAAAAUUGGAGUGUAUAAAGAAAUGUCAUUUUCAAUGGUGGUAUUGAAUAUGUAUUAGUUUGUUUUUUUUGGAAGCUUGUUUUGGAAGUGUUACUUUUAUGAAGGUUGUGAUUUUGUUGAGUUUUCUAGGGAAAUAGACUCCUUUUCAUAUGUUAAUUUUGCUGAAAUGUUGUUGAAGAAAUGGAGUUUUGAUUAGAUUGGAAAUUUGCAUUUAACAUUGGGUUAGUACUUUGUUUUUUGUAGUACAAUUGCAGCUUUGUUGGUUCUUGGUUUUAUUAAUUUGGUUGAAUGCUGUUGAAGAAAUGGGAUUUUUUCAUUAAAUUGGAAUUUGGAAAUUGGAAUUUUUAGUUUUAGCUGAGCUUUUAAGCUUUUUUGAGGAUGAUAGGAAUGGGUGAGGAGAUAAUAUUGGAAAAGAAAUGUAUAAUUCUUGAAGGAAUGAAGGGUAGUUAGUGAUUCUAAGAAACACUGAAAUUAGCUUUUGUUAGGAGUGGUUUUGGUGUAUGAUGGGUUGCAUUUGUUGCAAGCCUUCUGCCUUUGAAGAUAGUAAGGAUUGUCCAAGAGAGAGGCCUUCGAGUAAAGCCUCGUCAGAUGUUAGGGUACCAAGGGCUACUUCUUCGAGGAGGGACGAAGCGUACAAAGCCAAGGAUCGACAUGAAAACACGAUGUUGAUUGAUAAACAAGUGACUGAUUCGGUUCGAUUGCACAGUGAGAAUUUGGAUAGGAAAAGGGAGAAGAUGGAGUAUGUUGUUGUUCAACAUCCAGGGAUGGGAAGUGUUCCGAAAGCUACACAAGGAGAACAGGUGGCAGCAGGGUGGCCUGCUUGGUUAGCUGCGGUGGCUGGGGAAGCAAUCCAGGGAUGGCUACCGCGGCGUGCGGACUCAUUCGAGAAGCUGGAUAAAAUUGGUCAGGGAACUUAUAGUAAUGUUUAUAGGGCUCGUGAUUUAGAUCAGAAAAAAUUUGUUGCUCUGAAGAAAGUAAGAUUUGAUAACCUAGAGCCUGAGAGUGUUCGAUUUAUGGCGCGGGAAAUUCACAUUUUACGUAGACUUGAUCAUCAGAAUGUUAUAAAGCUGGAAGGUCUGGUUACCUCUAGGAUGUCUUGCAGCUUGUAUCUUGUUUUUGAGUACAUGGAACAUGACUUGGCUGGUCUUGCAUCACACCCUGGUCUGAAGUUUUCAGAAUCACAGGUGAAGUGUUACAUACAACAACUUUUGUGUGGUCUUGAUCAUUGUCACCGCCGUGGUGUCCUACAUCGUGACAUAAAGGGUUCAAACCUUCUAAUCGACAAUAAUGGCAUCUUGAAGAUUGCAGACUUUGGUCUGGCUAGCUUUUAUGAUCCCCAUCAAAGUCAACCCAUGACAAGCCGUGUCGUAACCCUUUGGUAUAGACCACCAGAACUUUUACUUGGAGCCACUUACUAUGGUACCGCUGUGGAUCUAUGGAGUACAGGUUGCAUACUUGCUGAGUUAUAUGCUGGCAAGCCUAUUAUGCCAGGAAGAACUGAGGUGGAGCAGUUGCAUAAAAUUUUCAAACUUUGUGGCUCUCCUUCUGAAGACUAUUGGAGUAAAUCAAAAUUGCCUCAUGCAACCAUUUUUAAACCCCAACGGCCUUAUAGACGCUGUGUUGCGGAAACAUUUAAGGAAUUCCCUGCACCAGCUUUAGCUCUCAUGGAGACCUUACUUUCCAUUGACCCUGCUGGUCGUGGAUCUGCAGCUUCUGCACUCGAGAGUGAGUUCUUUACAACGGAACCUCUUCCCUGUGAUCCUUUAAGCUUGCCAAAGUAUCCUCCAAGCAAAGAAUUAGAUGCAAAAUUAAGGGAUGAGGAAGCUAGAAGACGAGUGGCUGGAACCAAAGGCCUGAGACCUGAUCUUGACAGGAGAGCAACAAGAGAAUCUCGAGCUGUUCCAGCACCUGAUGCGAAUGCUGAAUUAGUCAUGUCAAUGCAGAAAAGACAAUCAAAUUCAAAGAGCCGGAGUGAGAAGUUUAAUCCUCAUCCCGAAGAAGUUGCCUCAGGCUUUCCUAUAGACCCGCCUAGACCAUCACAAGCGAUAGAAUCAAAUGCAGAUUCACAGGGAAAUCAUCCCAAGAGAGCCUCACAUUCGGGGCCACUGGCUCACCAUGCUGCUUGGGCGAAGUCUGGGAAAAACCUGGAUGAUGCUCCGAAAAUUUCUACCGGGGCUGACUUGUCAAUGAUGUCUGGUUUAGUGGCACCAAGGACUAGUCUUGCAUCUGAUGAUUGUACAGAAAAAUCUGGUUUUCCACAAUCAAAAGCUCCAAAAAUGAUUGCAAGAUUUCCAGGGUCCUUUAAAGAGUCCUCAGAAUCUUGCCUCCAACAGGAUCCGAAAAACAAUGAGCAGGAGAAAGAAGAUGGAAGAAAUAACAACAAAGAUCCAGCUCUGCUUGGUUAUGGUUCAAAGGGACACAAAAUUCACUAUUCUGGUCCUUUAUUAGUCCCAUCAGGCAACAUGGAUCAGAUGCUCAAGGAUCAUGAUCGCCAAAUCCAAGAAGCUGUUCGGCGAGCACGUGUUGACAAGGCAAAGAUGAGAAAAAAUCUGUUAGAAGGGAACCAAAUAUCAACCAAAUCAUUAUUUGUCUCCGGUCGUUGAGGUAAACUCUGUAAGCAUCAAAUCAGUAUGAACAUUGUCAAGAUGAUCCCACAAGCAAAUCAGUAGAGUGGAUUUUCUUGUAUAGGUUGAUGCUUUUAGGAAAAUGGCUAGUGGGGGCAUAUUUUAGCUAAGCUUAUGGUUUUAUUGAGAAAUCAUUCUAUGAUUUAAUCAUUGUGUAUUUCUUUCCACCCGGCAACUGUAAUGUGCUUAAGCUAAGUCCCUAUUCUUGUAGAGCUUUUUAUUGUUAUUAUUAGCCAUAAAAUGCAAAGAUAUGAGAUUAUUAAAUGUAAUGAAAGAAUCAAAAUCCAGCUUGUUUAUCAUUGCCUCAUGUCAAGUAAAUUGCUACUCUUUGUUGGUAAA